AUGUUCGUGAUGGCUUCAGACUUGAGUCCGUCUUACCAGUCCAUCUUCCAGUUGAGCGUGGAGAUUCCCGCCUUCUUCAUGUCCUAUCGCUGGUGGGAAGAUGAAGCGACCCCGGUAUUCUGGGCCUUUGAUAUUCUGGAAAUUAGCAGGGUAAUUCGAUUUGGACUCUUUCUUGACGAGAAUUUCCCGCGAACCUCGCUUCGCGCUCGACGACUUGAUACUAUUGACAAUUUCUUAUUUGCCAUGUCCCAGCCCCAUGAACAUCAACUUCUGGGAAGUCUCUCCCACAUGCAGAGAGUGGAGGAAAUAUUGCGCCGGUCGAGUAUUGCUCCUUUCGACCCGAUUCCUUGGAGUUGGCUUCCGCUUGAAUCGAACCAGUCUCACGAUGCCCGGGCAAUCGCUAUGGCCCUUGAGAACGAGAGCCAUUUUCAAUUUAGGCAGAUUGAUUUUGAAGAGUUGGUUCGCGCUUCUCUUGGGUACCGUGCCAUCAAGGUCGAGUGGUUCUUACACCAGCACACCGCUCUAUACAUCAUUCUCCUGGAACAUUUGAGGGCGUAUCCAGAGGACAUCCCUCUAUACACUGAGGUAGAAAAGCAUCUUCGGUCGCGUAGUCCAUUCGCGCACCGAGCAUUGGUCCAGUCCUUGCUGGCUGUGCGACCUGGAAACCAUAACAUGGCCCAGGCCAACGCUGGAUUCGACUUCAUCGCAGGCCCGAUCCAGCGCCUGUUCAAAGAUGAAACCGGUAGACUAGCCGCCAUGCUGAAAGUGCUGAGCGUGCUAGCAAUCCGAUUCCGACGACAAUACAUGCAUGCUUCAACUAUGGACUGGAAAACGCCAUUCAGCACCUCAAUUCCCUUCCUAGAGGACUGUCUCAUUUCAACAUCUGGGUCUGAUUUGGCCCGCAAUUUGAAAGCCCUGGAUGAGCAUCAAUUUGCCGAAAUGACCCGCCAAAGCCUCGUAGCAGAGGAUGCCGUCGUGGGAAAUCUACUUCGCCAUUGGCAAACGCUCAGCGUCUCCGUCUGGGAAUGUUGCUCAGCGCUUCCAGACCUAAUCCCCCACAUUCAAGAAUGUACCCAGAGCCUCCUCAUAGCCCGUGAUUACCAUUCCCUCACGGCAAUUCUCCAUGGUCUAUACAAUUACACCAUCUCGACAAUGCAAGCUGACGGAUCAACCAUCACUCUGGAAGCCCUGACGCCUCCGGAAAUCGGUCUCCUCCUAAACCCAGUCCAGAACUACGCCUCGUACCGCAGAUAUUACAACGAUCACCCCGGUACCCCCUUUCUGGUCCCCCAUCUCCGUGAUUACAAACAAAAUGGCGAGUCCGUCCUCCAGCCCGUCUUCCAAUACCUGCAACGAAGCCGAUGA